AUUGGAUAUCUCAGUGAUUAUUUCAACUAUUUCCUUCUUUCUAUUUUCAAAUUUUGUCUUUUUCCUUCACAGAACUCACAGAAGCUGGAGUUGCCCAGUCCCCCAGAUAUAAGAUCACAGAGAAAAGGCAGGCUGUGGCUUUUUGGUGAAGGCUCUGGGGCCCAGGCAGGGAGAAUGAGGUCUCAGAAUGACUCCCUUGAGAGCCCUGUUCCCCGUUCAUCAACACACAGACCCAGAAGACUCCUCUGUCCUGCAGCACCUGCCAUGAGCAUUAGCCUCCUGUGCUGUGCGGCCUUUUGUCUCCUGUGGGCAUGUCCAGUGACUGCUGGUGUCACUCAGACCCCAAAAUUCCAGGUCCUGAAGACAAGACAGAGCAUGACGCUGCAGUGUACCCAGGAUAUGAACCAUGACUACAUGUACUGGUAUCGACAAGACCCAGGUAUGGGGCUGAGGCUGAUUCAUUACUCAGUUGAUGAAGGUACCACUGCCAAAGGAGAAGUCCCUGAUGGCUACAAUGUCUCCAGACCAAACAGAGAGGGUUUUCUGCUCAGGCUGGAGUCAGCUGCUCUCAACCAGACAUCUGUGUACUUCUGUGCCAGCAGUGACUCCACAGUGCUGCAAGGCCGUCUCCUCUCUGCACAUAAAGGCAGGGAGGCUCUGCCCUCCUCCCCACCCCAGACUCAGGGAUGCCCUGGGCAGAGUCUCUGCACCAGGAACCGUGGAACCCCGAGUGGCCCGGGCAGUGUGAGCCUGGGCCUGUGCCAGGUGCCUCUGCAGGCAGUCUCAGCCAGGCCUGGACGGGUCGCAGGCCCUCAGAUGUCUCCUUUGUUGCUUUCCCUGUUCUUUCCUCUAAGCUGUCCUUUUGGGGUGGGGCCACUCCCCAGCUCUUACUUUUUUUCUCAUCAUCCUGAGUCCGAGGCCCCCAAGAUGAAGCAGGAUUUGUAUUUCAGAUCCAUCUUGACCAGUCAGUCAAGAUAGUGGUUAAAAAUAACCAUUAGCUCAAUUGUCAUUCUCCUUCA